AUUACACAUGUGCUCAUUCUGCUGCUGCACAUCUCACAGCUACACAUGGCUCUGAGUUUGUCAGCAUAUAAAGCACUCAGCGUAACUGCUAAAAGGUCUGGUCAGGCAGAGCUCUGAUCCAGGCAGCCAGAGGCAGAUGUCUGUACAGGGCGGGAGGUGCUUUGAAUACAACAAAUGGGCAGCUCAAUGAGUAUGAGUUAAUGAGGGAUAACUGGUAAAAGAAGACUUCAUUCUCCAUUUUUUUCCAUCAAAAUGGUCUGCUAAUGGAGAGAGGGCUUCAAAUAAAAUGGAUUAUCUUUAACGUGACAGUUUUGUGGCUUCUGAUGAAAACAGGUCCAGUGUUAAGUAAUUUGGGAAUAGUAACUGCCAGUCCUGGGGUUCUCCUGCCUCUGACAUCAUCUGUCAAUAUUACCUGCUCUCUCUCAUGGAUUGCGGGAAGCCUCAAGAUUAAGAAAAAGAACAGCACCCACAGUUUCUUUAUAAGGCAGCUCUACAACACUAACACCAUCUCUGUGCAUGACAGUGACCUGUCUCCUCGGCAGGCAACAUAUAUAUGCCUUGCAGAUAAGAAAAUUGUGAAUGGAAUAUACGUGGAGGCUGGAAUUCCUCCAGAUCAACCCACAAUUUUAAACUGUGAACAGGAAGGUGCAUUAGGAAGGAUUUAUUGCUUAUGGAAAGAAGGAAGGGAGACUUUCAUCCAGACCAAUUACACACUUCAGUUAUGGCAACGGAGAGGUGAACUGAAUGUGACCAUUGACAGUGUGAGACGAGGUGGUGAAUAUAUUGCUGUGGUUGCAGCAUCCAAUGGGCUUGGCAGUAACUCCUCACAGCCUUAUACAUUUACCUUCUUUGAUGCAGUGAUACCGCACCCACCAAACAAGACAAUUGUGUGCGACAGAGUUUCAAGUAAAUGCAUUGUGACCUUGCAAGACUCUCAAAAUUCUUCCAACUUCCAAAUAAGAUAUCGACCUGCUGAUAGCACAAAGUGGCAAUGGGUUGAAAUUAAAAGAAAAAACACCUACACUCUGAAGGAUCUGCAGCCAUUCACAAGAUAUGAGUUUCAGGUCUCCUGUAAAUUUCUGAUAGAUAAAGGGAAAUGGAGCAAUUGGAGCCAGCCAAUCAUAAUACAAACUCCAGAAGGAGUGCCAAGUGGAAUGCUGGAUGUGUGGUACCACUGGAGGGAAAUUGAUAGCAACACACGGAAUAUUAUUCUUUUCUGGAAGCCCAUGAGCAGAAUUGAAGCAAGAGGCCUGAUACAGCACUAUGAAGUGUUAUUUUACCGAGGGAGUGACAGAAGCCCUGUGCACAAUUCUACCACCAGGGACACUUGGCUCAGCAGAGACAUUGAGAGGACCAGAUAUGUCAUAGUGGUGUCAGCUCAUAACUCAAAAGGAAACUCCCCUCCCACACACAUCAAUGUAACCACUGAAGACAUUUCAGGUGUACCUUCUCCUGUUAAUGUGGUGGCUAAAUCAAGUGGCAAUGAAAAUAUGAUUGUUUCCUGGGAAAUACCACAAGACAAUGAAACCUUAGAUGUGGAUUACAUAGUGGAAUGGAAAGAGCAGAAGGAAAAAAAAACAAGUUACACAUAUUGGGUAAAAGUUUCCAAGAUGAGUCCAUCUGUAACCAUAUCAGAAAACUUAAGUCCCUAUGUGUGUUAUGAAUUCCGAGUGUAUUCUCUCCGGGAAGGAAGAGCUGGAAUACCUACCAUGACAACAGCUUCUAUUAAACAAGAAGCUCCUUACGUUGAUCCUGAGUUUCAUUAUGAAGUACAGAAACAUAACAGCAUACUGAUCACAUGGAAGGAAAUCCCGCCAGACAAACGUAGGGGAUGUAUUGUAGAGUACACCAUAUACAUGCAAAGCAUGUCUUUCUCUAAGCAAUUUAAAAUUCCUGCUAACCAGUCCAUGAAACAUCAGUACGAGAUCCCAAACAUUCAGCUAAAUGUGCGAUAUGUCCUUAGAAUGAGCGCUUCAACUACAGCUGGGGAAAGUCCUAGAAUGCUGGGGAAGGAAAUUUAUCCUGAUGGAGCAGGCUUCAAUCAAGAGUUCCUGAAUUCAUUUAUAAUUACCCUGCUAUGUGUGUUUAUAAUAUUAUGUCUAUGUUCCAUACCAUCAUUAAGAGAAAGAUUCAAGUGUUUUCUCUACGGUUGCAACAAGAAAGUGCCUGACCCAGCGAAUUGCCAUUGGGCUUCUGAAUUGACAAAUAGCACGCACAAAGUGGAACCCUUUCCAAGUCCCUUACCAAGUACAUCAACCUAUGAUGAAACUGAAACCUUGGAGGUAGAAGAGAUUGACAGCGAUAAUGAAACACCGUUUACCCCUGCUACAUACACAUGCUAUGAAACUAAUAAAGUAUUACUCGUUGAGGAAAUCAAUGAACCCGCCAAAGAGGCAAAAGUUCCUAUUUUGCCUAAUCUGUCAGAGGGUUGUUGUUACAAGUCUCUAAAACCUAAACAAGUGGUCAGUACGGAACCUGUGUCAGAUUACUUGGUCAACCAAGAGAUAACAGUUGACUAUCUGCCAACAGACAUGCUGAGUGGCAAUACUGAAAAUGAAGAAGAGAGCAUUAAAGAUGAAACGUUGUCUCUAGAGUUUCUAAUGCCCAAACUCCAUGUAGGUGAAGGGAUGCUUAGGCUGGAUGCUGUGAAAAUUUGUUCGCUUGAUAUAACAGAGUAAGCAGUUUAUACAUUUGUGGUAUUAAUUCAAAUUAUUUAAGAAUACUGCCAAAUCCUGGAUUUUUGUAUAGAAUAUAGAAGCAGAGGCAGUGCCACAGAAGUUGUUUGGACUUGGCCCACUGCCAUUCUACAGAAGACUAUAAGGACCUUAUGUUGGGCUUCCCUGCAUGACUGAAAGGUUAAAGAAAUAUUUUUCUCCCCUUGCUGCUGUUGGAAUACAUAAUGGAAAAAGGGAUGUACAAACAAUAGGUGUUAUAUGCAUUACAAAGACAAUUCUUAAAGGUCUUAUUCAUGGUUUUCUGUGCUAUAACGUAUGAAUGUAUUCUACAAAGUACACAUUUAAAGGGCACCUAUCACAGCCAAAAUCAAACGCAUAUUAACUAUCUGACCAGUACAACCUAAACACG